AUGAGUUAUACGAAUAAUAUAGCGAAGGGAAGAGGUUUGAGGCUUCGCUUGACUUAUCUUUCUCUUGGGCUUUGCACCACCUACAGUUUGCGUUGGCUGUGGUUGUUGAGGCACACCAGUGGUUUGUGA